AUGAGACGAGUAGUUGUAACAGGAAUUGGACUUGUUACACCUCUUGGAACAGGAGUUCGUCAUUGCUGGCUGCGUUUAUUGCGUGGCGAUAGUGGAAUUGUAUCGUUAAAAGGUCUAGAUGAUGAUGAUCGAUAUGAAACAUUGCCGUGCAAAGUUGGGGGAUUGGUGCAGAAAGGGGCUUUUCUGGACGGUUUCUGGGAUGCAGAAGAGUGGAUUGGCAAGGAUAAUCUUCGUAGGAUGGCUACAUUUUCACAAUAUGCUGUUGGUGCAUCAGUUCAGGCUAUUCAAGAUGCAGGAAUAGAUUGCUAUUAUGGUGAAUCGGUUGGUGUAUGUAUUGGCUCGGGUAUAGGAAGUUUGCAAGAUUUUGUAGAGACGUCAAGUAAAUUUGAGAAAUAUGGGUGGAAAAAAGUUGUGCCUCUUUUUAUUCCGAAAAUUUUGGUGAAUAUGGCUGCUGGACACUUAGCAAUAAGAUAUGGGUUUCGUGGACCUAAUCAUUCGUGUUCUACUGCCUGUACUACUGGAAAUCAUUCAAUUGGUGAUGCAUUUCGAUUUAUUCAGUACGGAGAUGCAGAUAUUAUGAUUGCAGGUGGUUCUGAAGCAUCUAUUCAUCCCCUAGCAAUUGCAGGGUUUUCAAGAAUAAAAAGUCUUUCAACAAAAUAUAAUGAUGUGCCAUCAAAAUCAUCUAGACCGUUUGACAAAGACCGUUGUGGAUUUGUCAUUGGUGAAGGUUCUGGAAUUGUGGUUUUGGAGGAAUUAGAACAUGCUCGUGCUCGUGGUGCAAGGAUUUAUGCAGAGUUACGAGGAUAUGGUUUAUCUUGUGACGCAUACCAUAUUACCAGUUCUUCAGAGGAGGGUAUGGGUGCUCAACUUUCUAUGAAAAAUGCUUUAAAACAUGCUCGUUUAAAACCUUCAGAUGUCGAUUAUAUAAAUGCACAUGCAACAUCUACAUUACUAGGUGAUAUGGUUGAAAAUAAGGCUAUUAAAAAAGUUAUGUUAGGGCCUAAUGGGAAAUUGAGCGCUAAAGAAAUUAAUGUAUCAAGUACGAAAGGUGCUACAGGACAUAUGCUUGGUGCUGCUGGUGCUGUAGAGUCUAUUUUUACUGUGCUGGCUAUUUAUCAUAGAAUAAUGCCACCAACAUUAAAUUUGGAAAAUCCGGGAGAGCCUUCAGAAGAAUUUGAUUGUAAUUAUAUACCAUUAUAUGCUCAAGAAAAAGAAAUAAAGGUUGCGUUAACUAAUAGUUUUGGUUUUGGUGGAACUAAUGCAUCACUUUGUUUUACGGAAUAUAAUGAUUAA